UAGUCCAUGGAACAAUCACUGGUUCGUCUAAUCGUCUCAUUUACUCAAGUUUUACAACCCUCUAAUUAUUUGCAGGUGUCGAUAUGCAGAUGAACACCCACGUCAAAACUGUCAAGAUGACAGCCCGUAAUCGGGACCCAACAUCCCUCGACUCCCUAUCUUCGGUAACAACAUCCGAUACCCUCUUAGUGGAUGACGCGCCGAAGCCAAAAGGCAGGAAGAAGGAAGAGCGACGCGAAAGGGGAAGGGGACGAGGGAUGGACCGUGGGCGUGGUCGGGGAAGAGGUCGAGGAAGGGGUUUCUGAUGGUAAAUACCAGGCUCAUUGUGAGACGAAGAGCGCGCGUAGGGUACACCACUCAGCAGAUAUAAACCCCUCUAUGUAUAGCUAAACGCCUUGUGUCUUGUCCCUCUGAAAAGCGGGUUACUACUUUCAGUAAGAU